UGGUCAUCUCCUGUACUGUGUCCGCAGACUCUGGUCAUCUCCUGUACUGUGUCCGCAGUCCUCUGGUCAUCUCCUGUACUGUGUCCGCAGUCUCUGGUCAUCUCCUGUACUGUGUCCGCAGACUCUGGUCAUCUCCUGUACUGUGUCUGCAGACUCUGGUCAUCUCCUGUACUGUGUCCGCAGACUCUGGUCAUCUCCUGUACUGUGUCCGCAGUCUCUGGUCAUCUCCUGUACUGUGUCCGCAGACUCUGGUCAUCUCCUGUACUGUGUCCGCAGUCUCUGGUCAUCUCCUGUACUGUGUCCGCAGUCUCUGGUCAUCUCCUGUACUGUGUCCGCAGACUCUCUGGUCAUCUCCUGUACUCAUCAUCCUGUACUUCUCCCUGUACUGUGUCCGCAGUCUCUGGUCAUCUCCUGUACUGUGUCCGCAGUCUGGUCUCUGUCAUCCCCUAUACUAUGUCUGCAGUC